GUCACAACUCAAGGAACACUAGCAAUCCCACCUUUGAAGCAUCACCAAAAGCCUUGUAGAUCACGCCUACAGAAUCAACAACACCAGUAUUGCUGCAGUAAAAUCGUCUGGCGGGGGACACGUACCGCCAAGCACUGCUGCUUCCAAACUGCCUGGAAGGUUCAAACCCCUUCUGUAAUUGGACUUUCAAUUUCUGUUCUGCACCCCUCCUUUUUACUAAGUUGCACCUCUAAUGUCACUUAAAAAUCUAAUCCACCAGAUUUUGCCACGUGACAAUCCUUCACUUAAUACAAUAACCACCCACAGUUUGCCACCUCAUCAAUCCUCUACUAAUUCAAAUCACCAAUCAAAAAACGCCACCUCAUCACUCUCUCUCUCUCCUUCACACCACCAAAACCCUAACCCUAAUCUCCUUCUCCCUCUCCAUCACUCUCUCACCGCUGGCAUCCCUCACGGCCGCCACAAACCAGUUCGGCCACCGCUGCUCACGCCGGAGCGCAGCCACCACGACGCGCUAACCCCGGAAAACCCCGUCACCGCUGCUGCACCGGUGGUCCGCAACUACAUCGUCUUCUCGGCGUGUCCCGCAGCCACCACCAUGCUGGGACUGCACUCGCCGGCAGCGGAAUGCAUCCACGAGCACGAAGCCACCAACACCCUCUUCUUCCUCGCGCCAUCGUCAAAAUGCAGACCCCAUUGCUGCCAUUGGAGUUCGCGCCUGUAUCCAUCACCACGGAGCUCCGCCACAUCAUCUCGUGACACCAUCGUCACGCUUACGUCGGGACGUCGCCACCGUCGCGCUCUAGGAGCUCGAACCUGUCACUUUCACACUGUCGUCGAGCAUUUAUUGUACUUCCAUCGCGCCUACAUCGCCGCCCCUACGUCGUGAAAGAAAUUGUGGUCACUACGGUGCCUCCAUACCUGCAACAUCGAGCAACUCGCGUCGCGACCUCCCUCAAACUGGCACUCCGUCAAUUCGACAGCCACCGUGACAACCACCAUGAACCCGCUGAACCACUCGCGACUCUUUGAAAUGCACCUUGCGACAACCUCACAGCAGCCAAACCCUAAUUCUGGAAAGAGAAAGUGCUGCCACAUGUCCGCUUUUCAAUGGACAGUCCAAAAGUCAAACUGGUCAACCAGUCAACUCUGAGCAAGGAUUGGUUAACCGUGGUCAAUUUGUCUAUUUUACGCUAUAUUUGACAGGUGGUUCCUCUAUAGGAACCCUAAAUUGCCUAAAAGAGGAAAGAAUAGUCUAGCGGCAGUUCAUCGCCGACUAGACAAUUUCUGGAAAUUUUUC